CGUAGAGAAUAAUUUUUGGAAAGACGGCUGGAGAUGGUACCAUUUACGCUGAAUCAUCCGCUGCCGCAACAAAUAAGUAUAUAGGGGUGUCCCUUCGUUCCGUCUCAAACUGCCCGCACCCUCCGUUGGAAACGGACGAGUCCGAUCGAUAAGAAAAGUCGAAUCCUGCCCUCCCCUCCUAUAUUAUCCGCAGUCGCCGGGUGUGCUGUGUCGACUCCGCAACACUCAGCAGCUCUACUGCCAAGCCGAACUCCGAGGGAGGCGAUGAGAGAAUCGCAAUAGGGAUUUUCUGCAGCGUUUGAUAUAUAAAAGCCGUCUAGAAACAAACGGGAGACAAUGGUCGGUACAACUCUAGUCGUAGAACUCGUUCGUAAGUCUGUCCUGCAAUGUUUCUGUCGAACAUGUCAGGCCGCAGCUAUAGAGAAAAAGCCACCUCUCCCCAAAAAGAACAAUGCGCCUACUGUGAAAACUCGACCACCAAAAAAAGUAGUCUUUCUCGCAACCGAAGUUCGCGCAUCCGAGCAAUCUAAAGGCGGAAUGAAGUACGAACUUUUACUGGCGGAUCCGACUUCCAACUGUCCCACGCAACGGCCACCUUCUCCGCCUAAAACUAACUUAUCCGUUGAAGAUAUUCAAAAUAAACUGAAGGCAGCCGAAGAGAGAAGACUGUCCAUCGAGGCUCAAAAACUCAGUCAGCUAAUCGAGAAACGUAGCCGAUUGAACGAAGUGAAUCAAAAGAAACAAGAAUAUAAUAAUAACUUCAUGCAGACUGCUCGAGAGAUUUUGGAACAGAAGACCGAAGCUUAUAAAGAGAAUAGAGAAGCUCACUUGAAAUCCAUUCAAGAGAAAUUGAGAGAACACGAUUUGCACGUUAACGAAGUACGCAAACUCUUGGACGAUCACGCGCAAGAUAUUUUGCAAACGAUCGAGAAAAAACUGGAAAAUGCCACGGAAGCGAGAUUAAAUCAGCUUAACGCUUUGCAAGAGAAAUUACGUGAACACGAUAAGCACAUAGCCGAUGUUAAAAAGCAAUUCGAAGAGCAGGUAGAUAAUUUAAGGGAGCGCAUGAAUAAAAAGUUAGAAGCCGCUCGAGAGAAACGGGACGUUAUCACCAAGGAACUUCAGGAAAAAUUGCAGGAUCACAGGAAGCACGUUCUUCAAGUUCGUCAGCUCAAUGAAUUGAACGAAAAGGACACCGGAGAUAAACUGGAACGUAUCUGCAGAAAAUUGGAUGAAGCCGAAACCAAGAGGCUUAUUCAACUACAAGCUCUUCAGGAGAGGCUACAGGAACACGAACGUCAUAUUGAAGAAGUUCGUCAACAGAAGGCGCAAUACGCCGUUGCAGUAACCAAUACCUCUGGUUAGAAGAUUGUGGCACCGUUCGUUUGUCACCGAAGGAGAAUAUGCAGCCCUGCCCUAGGACUUGGCUUUAUCGUUUACACCCUGGCACUUGAUUUUAUCAAUUUAGUGUUUAGAAUAUCUGUGCCCUCCGCCCCAAUGUUAUUAUGGUUACUACUUCAUUUGUGUGUGUGGAUAAAGUUCUUCAAAACUGCUGUAUCUUCUAUGUGAUAAUGGUGAAUGUUUACUCAGAUGGAUAUAGAAAUUCUUUCAUCUGUGGUACAAUGUCAAUUGUGUAUAUCUUGUCAAAGCACUAUCCCGUUGAAUGCUAUCGAGAGUGGCAAAAAAGAGUGUUUUUCUGCUGACUUGCAUGAUCAGUAAUCCUCAAGCUCGAUUAGAAUUAAGAAUUGAAGAAUUUUAUAACAAUAUCAUCAAAGGUUUCGAGUCAGUGUUAUUAGGGCCUUCUAUGUGCUAACGUUGUCGUCUUUCCGACAAUGUUGCGAGCUAAGAAAUCUAUUUACCCCUAUGUUGGUUUUUGUCUUAAUCCUUCUUUUCUACAUCCGUAUCGAAAGAUUAAAAAUACGAGACAAAUUUAGAAUAUCUUUAGGCCUUGUACAUUAAUUGAUUUAUGCACAAUAUGCAAUCUUUUGUACAUUACGAUUCAGCUUUCGGCCUGAUGUCACAAGUGCCCAAGUAAAAAUUUCUUUUGUAAAAUGACUAAUGGACCAAUGAUUGCAAGAACGAUAAAUGUAACGAUCGAUGGUUUGCCUUAAAAGAUCAUGCGUAACACAGGGAUGCGGAGUUUCAUUUGUCUGUUGCUGUUGAACGAAUAUCAUGCUCAGAGGUUAUUGCUACUUGAUAUUUUUCUACAACUGUUAAUUUCAAAAAUAAUAAGAAGGGUUGUAUGCUAUUAUAAUGUACUAUUAUAAUGAUGUUCAACUUAGUUUUAUGCGAAUAAGAGCAAAGGUAAAAAAUUGGUGAAAAAUAGUGUUUUAUGUAUGUACGAUUAAACAUUAGUAGCUAAACCGGCUAUAUCAAUCUCAAUAUUAUAUGAAUCUUGGAAAUUAAAACUUUUGGCUUAUUAACUAGGACUGUAGUGUAACCUAUGAAUAGUGAUGAUAAUGUCAGUGCUUUUUGCAUCUUCCCUAUGUAGUGGAUUUUCCCAAUGCAUUCAUUAAAUGUCCUUUCUCGGGCACUGCAAAUUGA